AUGCAAGGCCUUCCGGGCGGUUUAAAAAUAAGCGAGAUUGUCACAAAGCGAACAGUGUUAUCAGUAGCAGCUGGAAUAGGAAUAGGCAUUGUUUUCGCAAAUUUCGUCAGAUAUUGGAGGCAAAGAAGAGAACUAAGAAUACCCCAAUCAAUUGCCGAUGAAGCACCAAAGGAUGUCGAAACUAUAAUUCCACAACCUCCAUCCCUUCGCAGAAGUCACAGUGGCCGUGGAAUGCGACCGUCAUCAUCACAAGGAGAACGAUCGUUAAGAAAUAGCGUGCGACAAAAUUCGCAACGCAGUUUGAGCAUGAAUCCAAUUGAAGCCGAUAUUUCAAACGGACAAGAACUUUGUACAGAUCUUCGUAAAACUAUAGAAAGAGUGCAUCACAAUCUCGAAAUGGUCAAAAACAGAAGUAGCAAAGACAUGGAAAGAUCAAUCAAAAUUGAAGGAAUUCUGAGAGGAUUGAAGCAGGUAGAAGAGGAAAUCACGCUGUUGAUACCACAAAUGGAAGACUUCAGAGAUGACAAUGUGGAGUUCUAUUCGGUUAGUGGAGGUUCAGGCUAUGCUGGAAGUGUACGCACUGGUCGAUCACGAACUCUUUCUGUUCUUUCCGAUGAUUCAUUCCGAUCAGCAGUAGAAGAAUUUGCUUGUGACAUUGACGAUAUUGAUUUUGUUAGUGAAGCAGCUAAUUUGGAAAAAGAAGAUCUGCGAUUCCUUGAUGAAGGAAUGAAAGCCGCCCUAAACGGAGAAGUGAAGUACCGUAAAAGUCGAAUGGAUUUCUGCAAUUGUGAGAGUGAAACUGACUUCGCUGCUAAACUAUAUUGUGUCCGACAAGCACUUACGAAUGCACUGAAAGACGAACACAAACGAGUAUGGCUUGCAAAAUGUGGACGAACUCUUCUUGCUGAUUUCAUUCGUCACACCAAACAAGACCCCGUGAAGUUUUUCAAUGCAUACGAUGAGAUGCUGGAAUACGUGUCAAAUGAUAGAAAUCAAGAGCAACUGAGGCAAGACGUCGAAGGAAGAGGAGUUUGUGAAACAGGAUUUUAUGAUGUUGCUAUUGAUUUUAUCAUUUUGGACGCAUUUGAAGAUUUGAAGUCACCUCCAUCGGCCGUUUAUUCUGUGACCAAAAAUUAUUUCAUGUCGAUGUCGAUGAAAUAUUCUACAUUGAAUACUAUCAUUUGGUCAAUCAUUAAGUCAAAAAGGCAGAGGUUGAAGAAUCCCGACGGUUUCAUCGCGAAGUUCUAUAAUAUAUCGGAAACAGUAAUGCCCGCUAUCACUCUUGGAUUUUUAGGAACAGAUGAGAGACUAGGGGAACUUUGUCAAUACUUCAAGGAACAAGUUGUUCAGUUUGUGCUUGAUGUUUUCAAUACUCAACGAGUUUGCUAUCGUUCACUGGACGAAAUGACAGAAGAUGUGUGGAUUGUUAUGCGCAACCGUUUGGAAGCUGUCCAGACGAGAAUGAGUAACGAACUGCUUCCAGCUUAA